AUGGAGGUUAAUAUGAGACUAUACAUUCUUCUGAGCCACCUUGGAUUGGCUUUUAUUUUAAUGUAUUCUUUUAUGAAAUACAAUGAAUUUUAUUCUGCUGUGGUUUAUUUAUCAACCGAGAAGUUUCCUAGAACGAUCAUAUAUAACUUCUUCCUGAUGACAUUUAUAAUAUUAUGCAAACUUUUACUCAAUGUAUUCAUUGGGGAACUUCGAUACUUAGAGGUAGAACAACUCAUAGACAAUGCAAGGGAGUUUAUAAUGGAUACGAUUUUGUUUCUAGUGUUCACAAAACCAACUAUUAAUGGAAAAGAAGUAUCAUCGAUUAUUUUAAUUAAGUACUUAUCACUUAUCGUUAUUCUAAAGGCCUACCACUUGGUUCUUUAUUCGCGCGUUUCUCAUAUCUUCGAAUUGGGAGUCCCCAGAACCAGAGUCCUCGUGAAGCUUUUUAUUUUUAUGUGUCUAUUGUCAGUAGCCAAUUUAACAAUGUUUACGUAUUUUUACAAAUACUCCUUAAAAAAUUCGACCAUGUAUUUGUGGCUCUUUUUUGAAAGCUUAAGUAUAUUCGAGUCAUGCCAGAUUUCGAUAUUUAAAUUUUUUGUAAAUAUAAUUGAUUUGAGAUCACCGAAUGGUUUAUCAUCCAAGGCAACAAUAUUGUUUUUCCUGGACACUCUACAUGAUAUCAUGAGUUUAAUUAUAUUUUUGGUGUUCAUCUUAGUAUUUAUUUUAAACAAUUUCAGCAAUCUGCCAUUACAUAUGACAGCAGAUGUUAUAAAUGUUGUGAAAACGUUAAUAUCGAGAUUUAAAUCUUUUCAGAGAUAUCGAGAAUUAACAAAAAAUAUCGAAACUAAAUUUGCUGAUGCAACGGAAGAAGAAUUAAAGGAAGUUGGCACUUGUAUUAUAUGUAGAGAUGAUCUAAGAGAAGGUUCCAAAAAGUUAAUGUGUUCACAUAUUUUUCAUGUGGAAUGUUUAAAGUCAUGGUUUAUUCAACAACAGACUUGUCCAAUAUGUAGAACUGAAAUAAAACCACAAACGCACAAAGACAACAAAGAAAAUAAUUCUAAACAACACGAGGAAAAAGAUGAGGAAAAAAUAAAUCAGCUUACCGUACAGGAAAUAAUCACCAAAGCAUCUUUUUUACCCAAUGAAGAAAAUUCCCCUUAUUUGAAUAACUCUAUCGAGAACAGCAUUCCUCCUUCAAAGGAUGAACAUUGUUUAAUUUUCAGUGAAAACGUAGAAAUUAAGGAUCGCAUAAAAAUACUUGGAGAUCUGUGUGACUAUUACAGGAUGUUAUGCCUGACCUGUCUAAAGGAACUGGACAAAAUUAAUUACAGCACGGUGCCGGCAAAUAUCAUGCUGAGAAACAUAUAUGGCUCACUGAAUUACAACGUAUUAAAGAAUGUUGAAGAAGACGAAGUUAAGAAAUAUUUAAAUAAAAUGUCACACGUGCCCCAAAUGAGUGUGCUUAGGAAUUAUCUGGAAAAAAUUCUCAUUGAGGAUAUGAAAUAUACUAAAGAGAUAUGUUCUCUCAUGCAGGUUGAUGGGGGUGAUGUUUGUAUGUGA